GUCGGGUUCGGGUCCGCGGUCGGGUACGGACCCGAAAAGAGCUCUUCGUCCCGUCCUCUGUUCCCGAGUCGGGUCGGACUCGAACUCGAACGAGCCGCACCUGUUUCGGGAAGGAACGGGAACUCGCGCCGCGCCGCCGCCUCCCCUAUGGCGCCGCCGUUCUCGGCACACAUCCCCGCACUCUGGCGCCUGGCGCUGCGCGCGAGGUGGGCCCAUGCGGCGCUAUUCUCGUCGGGGAUCGUCGCCGGCGACAAGCCCAUUCUGGUUCGCAACUUCGUGAGGUCGGCGCUGUACGACCCCAACCAUGGUUAUUUCUCCAAGCGGGCGGGGCCGGUGGGCGUGCUCGACACCAGCAUCCGCUUCAACAAGCUCCAGGGGAGGAGGGCGUAUAUGCAUCAUCUUGAUAAGCUGUACAAGAAGCAUGAUAUCGCUUGGUUUACUCCUGUGGAACUCUUUAAGCCAUGGUAUGCUUAUGCAAUAGCAGCGUCAAUUCUGCGUACAGCAAAUCUUUCAGUCCCAUUGAAGAUAUACGAGAUUGGUGGUGGUUCUGGGACAUGUGCAAAGUGCAUACUUGAUUACAUGAUGCUGAAUGCUCCACCAAAAGUCUACAAUGAUAUGAAAUACAUCUCAGUAGAGAUUAGCUCCUCUAUUGCCGAGAAGCAAUUGGAAACUGUCGGUGAAGUACAAAGCCACUUGUCAAAGUUUACGGUAGAGCGCCGUGAUGCAACUAACAGAUCUGGAUGGGGCCACAAGGAUCCUCAUCCAUGUUGGGUGCUAAUGCUUGAGGUACUUGACAAUCUACCACAUGACCUUGUCUAUUCACCAGAUCAGGUCUCUCCAUGGAUGGAAGUGUGGAUUGAAAAAGUAAAUGGCAGUUCACAAGUCUCUGAGGUCUACAAACCACUAAAAGACCCAUUAAUUUCCCGCUGUGUCGAGAUUAUUGGCAUGAGUGAAGAGAAAACGUCUGUCAGUGAAAAAUUAUCAUUUGCUGCAAAAGGUGUUUUGUCAAAACUAUGCCCAAAACCUCGGAGAGCUUGGUUGCCGACUGGAUGCUUGCAACUAAUGGAUACUUUACAUCAAGCUUUACCAAGCAUGUCCCUUAUUGCUUCAGACUUCAGCUAUCUUCCAGAUGUUAGCAUACCUGGUGACAGAGCUCCGUUGGUUUUGUCAAAGAAGGAUGGGAAAACAUCAGAUCAUCGCAACUACCUUGAUGCUCAGGGUGAUGCAGACAUCUUCUUCCCAACCGAUUUUUGGCUUUUGGAGCAGAUUGACCAUAACUGCUCUGGUUUCUCAAAAGAGCAGAAGAACCCUGGUGCAUUUAAACCAGUGAAGAAGAGGAGGACAAUCGUACUUGAUACUGCAGCCUUCAUGGAAGAGUUUGGCCUGCCAUUGAAGACGAGGACCAAAGAUGGAUAUAAUCCACUUCUUGACGAUUUCAAGAACACGAAGUUCUAUCUGAGCGUUCCUACCCACAACAGGAAGUAGUCAUCUUGCCCUGCUGCUUCUGUUGAAUUAGACAUGCCUAGUGGAGCUUCAUGGAACCAUACUAUCCGAAGGCCUUCGUUCAGUGUGUUGAGUAUGUCUUGGGUUGAUUGCAUAAUUUCUCUACUGGCUAGAAAAAGCUCAAGUUCUUUUUUAUGUAAGUUUGGUGACAAGUUUCUUUACUGGCUAGAAACAGUGAAUAAUAUUGUGAUAUACUCAGUUGAAUCCCGUGCAUCAAAGUAAUUUUUUACACCA